GCAUUUGAGGAGGUUUCUACACUCUUGAAAUUUAUACUUGAUCGGGGUAACGAAUUUUUCAGUUCUGUCAGUGAUGUUAUCGGUAUAAAGAAUCUGGAUAUAUUUGGAAUAUAUUACAUUCUGGACACAUCAAAACCACCGGAACAAAAGUGUUUAAUUCUACCCGCAGAAGAUGCAGCUUUCAUCUUGAGAAUCAACGAUUAUGAAAAUUUACACCACAUUCAUUCCGGAUAUCUCAUCAAUGUGAGUAGGGAUAUCAUGUAG